AUGGGACCAUCAUGUAAAUGCCGUUACAAAUGUCCUGAUAAAAUAUCUCACCAACAGCGGUUGGAAUGCUUCACAAAAUUUUGGCAACUGGGAGAUCGAGCUAUGCAGUGGAAUUUUAUCAUCAAAUAUUCCGUUAAAAUGAAGAAGAAAAGAUGCCUGAAUCAAGACACUCCUAAUAAUAGAAAACAUACUUUUAAGUAUUAUCUGCCGCUGAUCACAGGUUCUAGCGAGUCUCACUGCGAAAAAACCGAAGUAUGCCAAACUAUGUUUAUUAAUACUCUUGCCGUUUCAACUCGUAUCUUAAAAACUGCAUGGAAGAAGUACGAUGGAAGCGCUAUUUUGGAAGAGGACAGACGGGGUCGCCACGAUAAUCAUAAGAUUGUUAUAGAUGACGCAAUGAAACAAAGUGUUUGUGACCAUGUUCGGGCAUUUGUCCCUGUUGAAUCGCAUUAUAUACGCAAGAAUAGCCAAAAGCUCUACCUACAAGGAGACUUAAGCAUUGCCAAAAUGUUCAAAUUGUAUCUUGAAUGGUUCGACUGCGAGAAAUACACCUCUAAGGCUACAAAGGAACGCCAAUAUCGUGACAUUGUCAAUUUGAACUUUAAUCUAGCUUUUCAUAUUCCCAAAAAGGAUCAGUGCGACGAAUGUCACGUUUUUCGAUUGAAAAAAAAUCCAACAGACCAAGAAAAAGAAACUUUUCAACAACACCAGGCUAAUAAAAAGGUCGCAAGGAAUUUAAAAAGCCAAGAUAAGAAAGACGCUGAGGAGUCAAAUGGAAACAUGGUUGCUGCUGUGUUUGAUUUUGAAAAAGUAUUGCAAUGUCCUCAUGGCAAUAUAAACAUAUUUUACUAUAAGAGAAAGUUAUCUUCAUUUAACUUCACAGUUUUUGACAUGGGUAAAAGGAAGGCCGUUUGCUAUAUGUGGGAUGAAUCUGUGGCAAAACGUGGCGCAAAUGAGGUCAGCAGUUGCCUCUUAGAUUUUAUUCAGACUAAUGUUGACCGAGGGGUCAAAGAGUUUCGCUUUUGGUCAGACAAUUGUGCUGGCCAAAAUCGUAACCGCUUUGUAUUUUCAAUGUACGUUUACGCAGCAAAAAAGUUCAACAUAUACAUAACACACCGCUUCUUACAGAAAGGACACACCCAAAAUGAAGGGGACAGUGUCCAUUCUGUCAUAGAGAGAGCUUCUCAAACCAAAACUAUAUAUUCCCCGCAUGAAUGGCGUUUAUUAGUAAGAUGGGCUAAAAAUGAAGGAGAACCCUAUGUUGUUCGCAACGUAACCCAGAAUGACGUAUUUGACUUUAAAUGUCUUGUUAUUAAUAAAGUUUGGAUGAAAGACAUCAAUGGCAAGAAAAUUAACUGGAGUAACAUUCGAGAAGUUCAUGCAGACGGUAGUGAUCCAAACAAAUUGUUUUUUAAAUAUGACCUAACUCAAUCUGAUUACAAUAUUUUAGUGAUUCGCGGUAACACCCGGAACUCAAUACAAACUGAACUACAACCUGCUUAUUCUGAACCUAUUAUGGUUCCUCCCGCUAAAUAUAAAGAUUUAAUGGAUAUGUGCCGUUCGGAAGUUAUUCCCUUCGAAUAUCAUCCAUACUUUAACUCUUUACCACAUAACACCUCUGUUGAUGUUUCUGAAAAAUUUGAUGAUGAUUUAUCGGAAUAA